AGGCGGAAGUCUACAGAGCAGGGGAUUCCCCGAGGGAAGUUCCCAACUCAAGUAGGCUAUGUAAAACAUACAGAGCCAUAUCCUCUCCUGCGCUUCGUAACUUUGCAUCUGAAGAUUAGGCGACGAAGCUGCGGUGGUGUCAAAACAAAAAAUUCGGCUCUAACAUUUACUCGAAUGAAGCCUGUAGGCUUUGCUGUGGAUUCAUCCAGGAGCCCUCAGUGUGUAGUGUCACUGACAGGCUCAUGUCUGCUGUGUCAGUGAUGAUUGUGGAGCACACGGCAUGGAAAGGAACAUCGGAGACCAGCUCAACAAAGCUUUUGAAGCUUAUCGCCAGGUCUCCAUUGAAAAGGACAAUGCUAAAAAGGAGCUGCAGCAAAUGACUGAAUAUUAUGAGCGAUACACUCAAAAACUUCAAAAGCAGAUAGAGGACCAGCAGCAGUUGAUUUCAAAACUUGAAGCUAAGUUAUCGGCAACAAGGCAACCAUCAGGAGAGAUGAAAUGUGAGCCUUGCAACCAUCUCCUUGAUGGGGCCAGCGCUUAUAGGAAAAUACAGUACCUGGAGAAUAUGGGCAGUGUUGCUCCUCUUAUUCCAGUCAGCAGCAGCGUUGACUAUCAGGACAUGCUGGAUGCAUUUGAAGCAAUUCAAGGGAAAUUCCGGCAGAUUAGGUCUCUAACCAGAAGACAGAAAGAUCACCUAAAAAGAUUCCAUGCUGGAAAUGAAACAUCAAAUGAUCAGCGGUUCUCCAUGCCCAUCCAGUGCACAGACCGUACAGAAGAGGCAGAGACACCCUUUUCCUCAGCGCUAAGGUCAGCAGUGGAUAUCCCACUCCCGCCCACGUCUCUGGCAUCCCGUGGUGCCAGCCCCGAGGACAGGGACUUAGUAGACUCUUUUACCAAACUCAGUGUCAAAUUCCCGCCCUCUGCGGACAGUGAAUAUGACUUCCUGAACAGUGCUCCAGAGGGACACAUUGGUCUGACCAUGCCCAUGAAGCAGCCUCUCAUUACUGUCCCCUCCACACUGGCAGAGGAGGAGCCCGUGGAACUGCCCAUGCCUUUUGUUUACCCUACAUCCCCCUCCCACUCAACAUCACCCUCGCUCUCCCAGGAGAGUGUGCGGGGACCCCAGCAGCCUCUCUGGAGCCCUGAGCUGUCUGAUGCAGUUGACGCGGGGACAGAGCUGGCGGCGCCUCAGAGCAGCAGUCCUGAUAAGUGUGCUUUCUGCCACGCUGUGGUUCCUCAGGACCGAAUGAACAGCCACCUCUACUCGCAUUGCUGGCCUAAGAAUGAAUCCGACAAUUGACAGUGGAAGCAGAGACUGACGGGCCAAGGCCGCAACUACUCCAAGACUUACUGUAUUCAUGGUGUAGUCCUGCAUGCCAUGAAUUAUAUGCGCUAUACUGGAUUUGAAAUGACACUGCAAUAAGACUUGAACCCAUUUAUUUAAUUUGAAGAAUUGAAUGGUACACUUUCAUGCCUAUUAUAUUUUUCUAAUAUCACGCUGAGAUUUUACCUACUAAGUGACGAUGAUGCAUCAUAUGGUAUAUAUUAGCAAAUAAAGCCGACAUUUACUCUUGCAA